CUCCACAUGUCUAAAACAUUGGCUCAGCAACAGCAACUCCCAGAGUUCCUUGCGCUAGAGGUAAACAAGACGCGGAGCCAGCAAGCAGCUCAGACACGAUGCCCGUCCAAUGUGUAGCGUACGGCUGUGGGAAGACAUGCGCCGACAACGUGUCACUGCACACGUUCCCCAAGGACCCCGACGACUUUCGUAAAUGGGAAAAACAAGUGCAGCGCACCCGCAGCCAGUGGUUCGCCAGCGCCAGCUCCCACCUGUGCAGCGACCACUUUGGAAGAGAGUACUUUAAGCAGAGAAUCCGGAACGGCGUCAGUUUACGGCCCGGGGCCAUGCCCACCAUCUUCAUCAGACCACCUUGUUCCUAUUGCGAGGGAAAGGGCUGCAGCUACUGUCUCCAACUGCCGCCGUCCCACCAAAGAACCACCCCCGGGGACACAAAUGUUUCAGGAGCGGUUGAAGAUGAGGUCCCGCUAAUGGAUGAAGAGGAAGGAAGUGACGAAGGGCAGGAUUAUUUGGGAUCUACAGUGGACGAAGAUGACCGACCAGCCAUCUGUGAGCGGUGUGGCACCAAGGGGAACAUCAACACCUUUUUCUCCAGGACCAAGCGCUUCUGCAGCACCUCCUGCUCCCGCUCCUACUCCUCCAACUCCAAGAAGUCCUCCCUGCUGGCCCGUCUGCAGGGACGACCACCGUCGAAGAAAGCCCUCAUUCUCGGGGUCGGGAAGCCGUUGGUAGGGAAGACCCCCAGAACUGCACCGGAUGGGACACUGCAGUCCGGCUUCGACUGGGGCGCCUACCUGGACAAAGAAACCUCCCUGGCUGCCUCGGUCUCCUGCUUCAGACAUGCUCCGCUGUGUGUGCAGUGGGACGACAUUGCCGUGGGGAUGAAGCUGGAGGUCGCGAACACCAACGCCGUCCUACCCAGUAAGGUCUACUGGAUCGUCAGUGUCAUCCAGUUGGCAGGAUACAAAGCUCUGCUUAGGUACGAGGGCUUCGAGCACGACAGCAGCCAUGAUUUCUGGUGCAGUCUGGCCACUGGGGACCUGAACUCCAUCGGCUGGUGCGCAAUGAGCAGCAAGCUGCUGGUUCCACCCCAGGAUGUGCAGCUGAAAAUCCCAGACUGGAAGGAGUACCUGAUGAAGAAGCUGGUGGGGGCGCACACGCUGCCAGUGGACUUCUACAUCAAGCUGGCGGAGAGCAGCAAGUGCAACUUCAAGCCCGGCAUGCGGGUGGAGGUGGUGGACCCCCGGCACAUCAGCCGGACCCGUGUGGCGGUGGUGGACCAGGUGAUCGGGGGCCGCCUGCGCCUGCUGUACGAGGACCUGAGCGACGCCCCGCCCAACACCGUGGUGGACUUCUGGUGCCACAUGCGCAGUCCGCUGCUCCACCCCAUAGGGUGGUCCAGCAGAGUGGGGCACGCUGUCAAGGUCCCCGGCAAGGAGACUCUGAGUCGCCGGGGCCACUACAACGGCUCCCCGUUGAACUUCAGAAGGCCCAGGACGGUGUUCAUGGAGGGAGGGUUCUUUGAAGUGGGAAUGAAAAUGGAAGCCAUUGACCCUCUCAACCUAGGAAACAUCUGUGUAGCCACCAUCCACAAGAUCCUAUUGGACGGCUACCUGAUGGUCGGUAUCGAUGGCGCGGAGCCCGUCAACGACGCCGACCACUUCUGUUACCACGCCUCUUCUCACGCCAUCCUGCCCACAGGCUUCUGUGAGAAGAACAACAUUCCCCUCACCGUACCUCGAGGCUACGACCCUGACACCUUCGUGUGGGAGGACUAUCUUCAGGAGAAACAAGCCGUCUGUGCUCCCGCCAGGCUCUUCAACACGGACUACUUUGGCCACGGCUUCUCCCCCAACAUGAAGCUGGAGGCGGUGGACCUGAUCGAGCCGCGGCUGGUGUGCGUGGCCACGGUGCGGCGCUACGUGGGCCGCCUGCUGCUCAUCCACUUCGACGGCUGGGAGGACGAGUUCGACCAGUGGGUGGACCACCAGUCCGCCGACAUCUACCCCGUCGGCUGGUGUGAGCUCAGUGGCUACAGCCUCCAGGCCCCGCCCUCGCCCGGAGGACCAGAAACCCUGUCUUUAGAUAACCUGUCGGCACGCCCAAAGAGAGUCAAGUCCUUUCAGUAUGGGAGAAAAAGGAAGAAGCUUGCCAAGAGGAGACUCAGCCAGGGGGGGGCCCCACCGACCUCCGAAGACACCAGCGGGGCUCCGGGUCCCCAUCCCUCCAUCGGGGGUCCCCCCAGCCCCCCCUUCCCCUCAGCUCCCUCUGACCCCGCCAAGGACCAGAAGCUGGGCCUCAUCCAGCCCAAGACGGAGCCUGAGGAGCACGAGAUCAUCGCGGUCCAGGUGAAGGUGGAGGAGAUAGAAAUGGAGACUCCCAUUGGGCCUCCGGAAGACGCCAUCGAAGCCGUCACCAUCAAGCAGGAGAAGGUGGGAGAGGAGCAGGACAACCAAGACCAGGGUCAGCCCGGCCAGCAGCAGGGCACCGGGGAGGCAGCGCGGCCGAGGGGGCCGGAGCCCAGCGGAGAAGCACCCGGGGGAGCAGAGCCUGAGGACACCAGGCCCGGAGACCAGGGGCCGGGUUGAAGAUGCCGCCGCACGCCCAGCUCAAGGGAUGGAGUAGGACGGAGCAGAGGAGAGAGAGACCAACAGGAUAUGACUCAAGACAGGACGCAGGAUCGGACGAUGGAAGAGGCGUGGAUGGGAUGAUGUAAUGCAAGAAGGCCACAAAACUAAAACAUGUGACUACACUAGAUGUGACUCAUCAGGUCCUUAAAGUUGUUCAUCAAGUCCACCUUUGUUUUAUUGUAUUUUGAUUUAUGAGCCAAUUGUCAAACCACCCUUACCAGUCACUACCGAAAAGCUUUAUGACUCUUUGUUCCUUAUCAAUCCUUUCCCGGUACAACAGACCUCCAACAAACAUCACCAGCCCUCUAUUCUAUCUCUCUGCUCCUACUGCAGCAUUUACACACGUUUCAAAUCUCGAUUGCAGUUUGGUCACCAACACUGCUCUGCUUUCUCACAGGCCUUUUGCCCACUUCUCAUUCUGACCGCUCUUUUUUGGACAAUAUGGGGGUUUCCAGAAGGAAAAUGUUGAGUAUUUUGUAGUAUUAAUGUUGAGAUAAUGACAGUGUAGACAUUUACAUGUUGUACAUUUGUUUUGUUUUAUUAUUCUUUGUUUAACAGUUAUUUUCUCCUUUGGGUUUACGAGCAAUCUAUUGAUUAAAUGUAUACACUGAA